GUAGAGUAUACCUACAAUCCACUGGAGUAUGCUUCUGAACUUCAUUGUAUGUUUCUUGAGAGGUUCUUCAAAGCACCAACCAAGCUGUUAUUUGUCGGAAUGAAUCCCGGACCUUAUGGUAUGGCGCAGACUGGGGUACCAUUUGGUGAUGUAAGAUCAGUAUUUAAUUGGAUGAAGAUCAAUGGUUCUGUAAGAGUUCCAAAGAAACAGCACCCCAAGAAACCUGUCCAGGGUUUAAAAUGCACUAGAAAUGAAGUCAGUGGGGAGAGGUUCUGGAGAAUGUUCAGUCAAACCUUAAAUCUGACACCUGAGGAAUUUUUUGAGAACGCUUUCGUUAUUAACGUUUGUCCUCUACUGUUUCUCGACAAGAGUGGCAAAAACAUUGCACUGUCUACACUGCCAGCUAAAUUGAGAAACGAGGUUGAACUGCUCUGUCAUGAGUUGAUGCUGAAAACAUUAGAAAUUCUUCAACCCCAUCACGUUGUUGCCAUCGGCCAGUAUGCCCAUGACCAAAUCAAAAAAAUGUUGAAAAGCGAAUCUCACCUGAUCCCAUCCAAUCCACUGGCCAAUAAGGGAUGGUCAGACAUCGCCAAGAAGCAAUUAUCGGAGAUGGGCGUUCUC